AAAAUUGAUGCAAAUAGCACAGGAGGAGGGGGAAGAGGAGGGUGCCAAGGACGGGGCGAAGCAGGUUGGUCCGGAAAGCGAGCUUGAAUCAAGCGAAGGGCGGCGUGCGAAGCGGCUCGGGAGCCGCUUCGACGGACGACUUCGAUUCGACGCGAUUCAGCACGAUUCAGCCCGAAUCGUCGCUUCAGGACCCCGAAACCGCGCCGCUUCGAGUUUCCGUUUCAUCCUCCGAAUCGCCAUCAAAGCGAGUCCAAAGCGCGUUCAAAGCGAACUUUGAACACCCCUAUUGUCAACGUUACAUCCGUCUUCCUUCGCGCUCGUGGACCUGAGAUUGCCACUCUGUUCGUGGGUUCAUCCAACAGAACAACAUCCCGGAGAUUCUGAACAUGGAAAAGUAGGAGGCUCUACUAUCUUUGACUGGGUUGUGCGCAGCCUGAGCACU